AGAGUAGAUGUUGCACAUCCAAAAGAUGCACACUUCGCGAGCGCCCGCGUCAGCACGGCGUUGCUGCGUCGGAUCUUGACAUUCUUGACAUUUUCGUAUCAUAAUAACUACACAAACUUAAAAUGAAUUUAGAGUUACUCGAAUCUUUUGGGCAAAACUAUCCAGAAGAAUUCGACGGUACUUUGGACUGUAUAUCUCUUGCCGUGACCUGUGCCUUCAAUAAAAGAGGAACGCUACUUGCUGUUGGAUGCAAUGAUGGGCGAAUUGUUAUAUGGGAUUUUUUAACCCGUGGCAUUGCAAAAAUUAUUAGUGCCCAUGUGCAUCCCGUUUGCUCUAUAAGCUGGUCACGAAACGGGCACAAACUCCUUAGUGCCUCAACAGACAAUAACGUUUGUAUUUGGGAUGUUUUAUCUGGAGAGUGUGACCAGAAAUACAGGUUUCCCUCACCAAUUUUGAGGGUGCAGUUUCACCCAAGAAAUGCCAACAAAUUUCUUGUUUGUCCCAUGAGACAUGCUGCUGUCAUGGUUGAAAUUGAGGGUACUCAUAGAGUUAUACCCCUUGAUGAAGAUAGUGACUUGAACAUAGUAGCUUCAUUCGAUAGACGUGGAGAUUAUGUAUUCACAGGUAACGCACGUGGAAGAAUUCUGGUACUCAACACAGAGACCUUGGCUGUAAAAGCUUCUUACAAAAUAUCUCAAGGCACGGCAAGUAAUACCGCAGUUAAGAGUAUCGAGUUUGCUAGACGAGGAGAUUGUUAUCUGGUAAACACUUCGGACAGAGUUAUUAGAGUUUACGAUAGCACUGAGGUGUUGGCUUGUGGAAAGGAUGGAGAGCCAGAACCGAUCCAAAAGCUACAGGAUUUGGUCAAUAAGACUAUGUGGAAAAAGUGUUGUUUUUCUGGAGAUGGAGAAUACGUUUGUGCAGGAUCUGCAAGGCAACAUGCUCUGUAUGUGUGGGAGAAAAGCAUAGGAAAUUUAGUGAAGAUUUUACACGGGACCAAAGGAGAACUCCUGCUCGAUGUUGUGUGGCAUCCGGUGAGACCGAUCAUUGCCUCGAUUUCAUCUGGAGUAGUUUCAAUUUGGGCGCAAAACCAAGUCGAAAAUUGGUCAGCAUUUGCACCAGAUUUUAAAGAGCUGGAUGAAAAUGUUGAAUACGAAGAACGGGAGAGCGAGUUUGAUUUGAGCGAUGAAGAUAAAUCUGUAGUGCAGGGAGAGGAAGCACAAGAUGAAGAAAUCGAAGUUGAUGUUGCCGCGAUUGAUAGGGUUGCUGCCUUUUGUAGCUCCGAUGAAGAAACCGAAAAUAUUGGGUCUUUACAAUUUUUACCGAUUUCGCCUGAUGUAGAAGAAUCUGAAGAUGCACAAUCCGCACCUCAAGAACCUCCGAACAAAAAGCAUCGUUCUCACGAUAUUAAUCUGCAAGGAGCACCAACCGAUGAAACUCACCCGUUGUUGAGCAAGGGCAAGGAUAAGCCUGCAGCCAAGAAGGGUAGACCACGAUUGGAGCAUCGGAAGGGAAAAUAAAUUAAUGACGACUCGUGCUUUUGCGUUUUUACAAAAAGGAUAUUUGAUUAGUUGUUGAUUGUGAUCGUAAUAUAUUGUUCCUCGCAGUACAAAA